AUGAAGGUCCUACUGAUAACUAUUUUUAUAGCGAUUGUGUCUACUUUACCUAUUCCCGAUGAGAAUAACGAACCAUUAGAAAUAAUAAAUGGAGUUUAUGAAGGAGAGUCUUUGAAGAUUAAAGAAGUCUUGGAUGUUAAGCUAAACCAAGAUACCAAAAUAUCACAUAUCGCUACUGACCUUCAUCAGCCUUAUACGACAGUAGACGUUGCAGAGACUAAUAAUUCUGAUUUGUUACCUGUACCUGUACUUGCACCUGUGACUCCUAAAAAUGAAAAUUCCGGUUCCGUGAAACUGCUUAAACCUGUCACUGCUGAACCUUUUGGUCCUGAAGCUAUUGAAACUGUUUUUCCUGAAACUUUUGAUCCUAAAACAGUUGUUCCUGAAACUGUUGUUGUGAUUACGGCAAAACUAGUAGCUUCCACCACUACUCCUGACUCUGACGAUGUUGCUUCGUCUGAUGCAACUGUAAUAGUUGAUCUUUCUGAAGAAGUUCCCACACCUGCAGCUCAGGACAGCGAAUUUUACAAUGAUGAAAUUGCUUCGUUGUCAGUUAAUGGAUCUGAAAGUCCAGGUAUGCUUUCAACUUUACAGUCAUGGUUCAAUAUGGUUCUAAACUAUUUCAACAAUGAAGGUAAUCAGACUACAGAGGAUUUAGAUUUAGAAUGA